AAGAGCUAAGAAAUUAUGAGGACACUGAUAUCAGUAAAAGCUUAGCCCGUAUAUAUACGGGCCCCGUAACGAAAGGGACCCGUAACACAAUGGACAGAUUAUCUGUUAAAUUUGACUAAAAAUGAAAUAUUAUUAGGAUAUCCUCGACCACAAAUGAAACGUCAAAAAUGGACAAAUUUAUAUGUUUUAUGGUCAUUUCCGAUGACAUAUCGAAAUAUGACUAUUAAAAAUCGAACAAUUAAUCUUAAAAUAAUAUUUAAUGAAACAAUUCGUGUACCAUUUCCUGUUGAAUCGUAUCUAUCUGGUAUUCAUCGUCGAGUAUUACCUGCACACUAUCUUCGGUAUCAACGGAGAUUACAAAUUUCACGUGAUCGAUUAGGAAAAUUUAAUCGUCUUCUUCUACAUUUCGAUUCGGUUGAUUAUGAAACAUAUGUAUGGAUUAAUCGAAUUUUUGUAGAAUCAAUCGUUCGAGUAUGGGAUCUAGCUGAUAAAAGUUAUCAAUCACGUAGUAAACAAAUAUUAAAUUCAUCGACAAACAGUAUCUAUUAUACGCUUAUAUCGGGUAUAUGGCAAACAGUAUGGUUAGAAUCCGUUCUACUCGUUUAUAUUUCAAAAUUGUGGUUUCAAUCGACUAUUGAUCAUAAAAAUAUGUGUAUACUUCACCAUAGAAUUGACAUAAAUAAAAAUAGAAAAUUAGAAAAAUUUGUUACACAUAUUCCACCAUCAUUUACAAUUUAUUUAUUUUAUAAUGAAUUUGAUGAUAGUUCUUCAUCAUUAAAUCAACUUCUUGAUGUUGAACGAAAAAAUCCGGAGAAAAAAGAUUCAACGGUAUUUCGUUCUUCUAUAAAAAUUCUAAAAACUACACAGUAUGUUAUUAAAUUACCAUUAAAACUUGGUCAGAAUAUAAUAAUUAAAAAAUUAAAUAUUGUACCAAACAGAAGUUUAAAAUCAAAACUUCAAUUUGAAUAUGAAUUAAAAUCAAUGAUUGAUACACUCUAUAAUUAUCCAUCAAUUGUUAUGUGGGUAAUGUUCAAUGAAGAAUGGAGUCAAUAUGAUAUAUUGAGGUUAGGUCAAUGGCUUAAAUAUUACUCGGGUGAAUAUCGUUUAAUAAAUGCUGUUAGGGGUUGGCAUGAUCGAUCUGUAGGUGAUUUUCGAGAUAUUCAUGAUUAUACAGCACAAAUAGAACUACCGUCGAUAAACACAUAUGACAGAACUAAUCGUGCAUUGGUUCUAGGCGAAUGUGGUGGUUAUGGUUUACUUGUUUGUCGUAAUCACACAUGGAACUUUCAUGACAGUGAAGGAUGGAGUUAUGCAAAGUUUAAAGGUAAAUAUUUAACGACAUACGGAUUUGAGCGAUUAAUGAUGCAGAUAAACAGUUUAAAACGUCAUUCAUAUUUGUCAUCAAUGAUAUAUACGCAAUUGUCUGAUGUUAAAUAUGAAUUAAACGAUAUACUUACAUAUGACAGAAAAGUAUCAAAAUAUGUUCAGAAUCAUAUUAGAAAUGCUUUAAAAGUUAAUUUUACUAGAUAUCGAGAUACAGAUGAUUUAAUAGCAUUAAGUAUAGCAGCGGGAAAAAAACAUAAGUCAAUUACAGAAAGAUUAGCAAAUUGUGAAGAAGUUGAUAUUAAUAAACCUUCAUCAUCUGGUAUUACUCCUCUAUUAAUGGUUGCUGAAGUGGGUUGGCCAGAUAUAUUACAAAUAUUAUUAAAACGUGUUGCUAUUGUUGAUGCAGCUCCAUCUCGUCCAAAAGCAAAAGUAAACAAAAUAGCUGGUAGCACACCGUUGAUAGGUGCAAUAGAAUAUGAUCAUCCAGAUUGUGUCAAAAUUCUUUUACAAAAUAAAGCUAAUGCAAAUCAUCAAAAUCAAAGUGGAAUUAGUGCAUUGAUGUUAGCAGCUGAUUAA